CGAGCGUUCCCGCUCACCCCGGCGGGGACCGAGCCCCGCUCCGGGGGGCUGAGAGGGGGCUAAGGGGCGCUGAUGACCCGCAGCACCGCGCCUUCCCCCAGACACCACCACACAGCGGGAGGCGCAGGGAGCCCCCCGCCGCCAUCUCAGGCGGGCGGGACGAAGGAGGAGGAGGCGGUGGCCGCCCUCUCCCUUCGGGCAACGCAUGCGCUCCGCUGAUCCCGGGGCUUUACCAGCGUCGCCACCGCCGUGGCCGGAGUUCCCCGGGCCGGGGCGGUGCCCGAGGGGGCUCCGCUCCCCCUGAGCCCCGUGGCCGGGCGCCCCAUAUAGGCUGGGGCGCGCAGCCCGGCCGCCUGCUGCGAGGGGCCCGAGCGGAGGCUGUGAGUGAGGGGCUGCGGGCUCGGGGGUGCGGGACGCGGCCUGCUGCGGGGCUGGUGGGGAGCUGGGGAGCCGCCUCGUGGAGCGGGGAGGAUGGGGACAGGGACGGGGAUAGGGACGGGGGGAAAGGAGAGGUCCUGAGGGGGCUCAGGGGCUGUGUGGCAGCUCCCCCCUGCUGCGUGUCCCCGCUCGGCGCCGGCAGCGCCUGAGCCAGCUCGCUUUCCCCUUGUGUGGUGUUGGGCUCGUUAAAUAUUGCUUAUUUGGGCUUAAUUAACUUAUCGGUGUCGCUGCGGGGUAACCGGGGGGAUACAUGAGGUUUGGUGGGCGGGAGGUUGUGGGCAUCGAGGCUAUGUAGGGAUAUAACGCACGGUAAUACUAGAGGAGUGUUAUCAGGUAACAGCCCAAGCAGUCAGUGAUUCCUAGGGAUACAUCAUCGUGCUGUGAUAUAACUCGCUUAUUUUGGCUUUUCCCAGUCGGGAGACUUUUUGGACUAGUGUUGUGCACAGACCUUGAUGUCCCAGUCCCAGCUGCACGUGGCCUUUGUGCCAUUGUUAAUCACUUCCUCGGGAUUAGGAAAUUAGUGGGGGCACUAAUAGGGUGGAUGACCAUGGUAAGAGCUAGAAAAUGCAGUUUUCCUGUAGGGGACUUUUCUAAGGCUGUGUCAUUGUGACAAAUACAUCCAUUUUGAGUCUUUCUGGAAGAACUUGCAACAAAUUGAUACUGCAGAACAGGUUUUGUUCCACCCAAAGGAGUUCAUUGAGGCUAUAGACAUCUACAGUUUCUUCUUGUGAACAGUCAUUAUCAAAUAUGGAGACGUAGGCACCUUAGAAGGGACUUCAGUCUGAACUCUGGGAGGUAGUUCUGUGCACAGUAAAGAAACUAAAGCUUUAUUUUUUUCCUUUGUUUGAGGUUUGUUUGUUUUAUAAAUAUGGCAUACAGCAAAAACUUAAUUUAUUGGUAUAAAGCAUUAGAAUGUCCUGACACAAAGCAAUUUAUUUAUGUUAAAUGCGAUAAGUGCAUACUUGUAACUAAGGCACCAGGUUAAAACUGAAAUGCUCUGUUCAGCCUGUGCUGACAGUGUUACAGACAGAAAAGCCUGGGGCUCAUUAAGGCAGUAUGUUCUUGUCAGAGGCAAUGCAUAGGAUUUAUGCAUCUCAUAGCUGAAUAUUUGAUACACUUGAAGUUGAGUAGAAACUGACUUCUUAAGUCUUAACAAUCGCUACAACAAUAUGCAGAUGUUGAGGGUGUUUUUGUCAGUUCAGUAGUAGCAGAUACACCAGAUCAAUCGAGUAAUGUCAGUUCAGGGGCUCUUUUGAGCUUAAGAAGCUGUUACUUUCAGUUUCAUAAUGAGAGUUAAAAACUAAAAGUUUGCAUGUGUAUAGUUGUCUAGGGUGCAGUAGAUCCUAAACCACUUGACAUCAUUUUGAACUGUAACAUACUAUUUCAUUUUAUUUGAAGCUUCUCCCUCCCCCCCCCCCCCCCCCCCCCCCCCCCCCGCUCAGUUUUAGUUUCUUUAUUGACAAAGGAUUUUGAUAAACCCAUCUGAGGUUUUGCCCUCUGGACCCAGCCUCUACUAGCCUGACUAAUUGGCGCUGCUCUCCCAGAUACAAAGCACAAGGAAAGCAUGUGAUGCAUGUGUAGUUCAAGGGACAGUCCUUGUCCUUUUAAACAUGCUUUCUUUAAUUGUUGAUGGGAUAGAUCAGCUUUUGUGCAAAAGCAGUUGUGUAGACACAAGUACAAGAACUCAGCAAAUGUUUGAAGUCUGUUAAUCAUGUGGCUAAUUCUAUUCGUACCUGUAUUGAAAGUUGCACAUAAAUAUUUCAUUUUCAGGUUCUUACUUUUGCACAGGCAGGGGUUAUUCAGAAUUGCCUUUAAUGCACACAACUACCUCCCAGAGGAAGACUUGUCCCAUUUUUCCAACAAUACUCCAUUAUGAACAUAAUGGAAAAUAGCCCUCUCUUGGCUAGCAUGAUGAAGCAGAGCGCUCUGUGUGGUGAACUGAAAUACGAUGUAUCCUGUGAACUCUACAGAAUGUCAACGUUUUCUACUUUCCCUGUCAAUGUGCCAGUGUCAGAACGGAGUCUUGCCCGGGCUGGGUUUUAUUACACUGGUGUGCAAGAUAAAGUUAAAUGCUUCAGUUGUGGCUUGGUGUUGGACAACUGGCAACCAGGAGAUAAUGCUAUGGAAAAGCACAAACAGCUAUAUCCUAGCUGCAGUUUUGUUCAGGACAUGAUUUCAGUGAACAACCUCGGGCUGUCCUCUCAUUCCGCCUUUUCACCUCUGGUCACAAGCGGUCUCUCAUCAUCUCUACAUUCCAUGACGCUUUCUCCAAGCUUUGAACAAGUUGGCUAUUUCAGUGGCUCUUUUUCCAGUUUUCCUCAAGACCCAGUAACUACUAGGGCUGUUGAAGACCUCUCACACUUAAGACAUAAGCCUCACAAUCCUUCAAUGAGUACUGAAGAGGCUAGACUACGCACUUUUCAUGCAUGGCCCCUGAUGUUUCUCUCGCCCGCUGAUCUGGCAAAGGCUGGACUUUACUACCUGGGGACAGGAGACAAAGUUGCUUGUUUCUCCUGUGGUGGUCAGUUGAGUAACUGGGAACCAAAAGAUAAUGCCUUGUCAGAGCAUCGGAGACACUUUCCUAACUGUCCUUUUGUGGAAAAUCUCACCCCAGACCAAACAAGUUUCAAUGUUUCAAAUGUGAGCAUGCAGACUCAUGAAGCACGUGUUAAAACAUUCAUAAAUUGGCCAACUAGGAUUACAGUUCAACCUGAACAGCUUGCAGAUGCUGGCUUUUACUAUGUAGGCCGCAACGAUGAUGUGAAGUGUUUCUGCUGUGAUGGUGGGUUAAGGUGCUGGGAAUCUGGAGAUGAUCCAUGGAUUGAGCAUGCAAAAUGGUUUCCAAGGUGUGAGUAUCUGCUUCGUGUAAAAGGAGGAGAGUUUGUAAGUCAGAUUCAGGCCAGGUUUCCCCAUCUGCUUGAACAGCUCUUGUCAACUUCUGAUACACCUGUAGAUGAAAACAUGGAUCCUCCAAUCAUUCGUUUUGAACCUGGAGAGAAUCAUUCAGAAGAUGCAAUCAUGAUGAACACACCUGUAGUUAAAGCUGCCUUGGAGAUGGGAUUCAGCAGACGGCUAAUAAAGCAAACAGUGCAAAGUAAAAUCUUGGCCACUGAAGAAAACUACAAGACUGUUAAUGAUCUUGUGUCCGAUUUGCUCACUGCUGAAGAUGAGAAGAGGGAAGAAGAGAAAGAGAGACAGUUUGAAGAAGUGGCGUCAGAUGAUUUGACCUUAAUCCGGAAGAACCGAAUGGCUUUAUUCCAGCGUUUAACAUGUGUACUUCCAAUCCUUGGGAGUUUAUUGUCAGCUAAAGUGAUAACGGAACUUGAGCAUGACGUUAUUAAACAAAAGACUCAGACAGCAUUGCAAGCAAGGGAACUGAUAGACACAGUCCUAGUGAAAGGAAACGCAGCAGCCAGCAUAUUCAGAAACUGUCUACGAGAUUGUGACCCUGUACUCUACAAAGAUUUAUUUGUGGAGAAGAGCAUGAAGUAUGUUCCCACGGAAGACGUGUCAGGUUUACCUAUGGAAGAACAACUGAGGAGACUGCAAGAAGAAAGAACGUGUAAAGUUUGCAUGGACAAAGAAGUUUCCAUUGUUUUUAUUCCAUGUGGUCACCUAGUAGUAUGCAAAGAAUGUGCACCAUCCCUCAGAAAAUGCCCUAUUUGCAGGGGAACGAUAAAGGGCACAGUUCGUACAUUUCUUUCAUAAGGAAGGAAACUUGCAAAAAGUCAUCUGCCAGGCACUGAAGCUUAAGCCAGCAAAGUCUUGAGAAUGGAAAAUUGUGUUAAAGAAGAUGAUUAAUCAGCUACCUAACACUGUUGUGUAAUGAAGUAUAUCAACAUUAUGAAUAUACUGAGUCUUCCUUGCCAAAGACAAUUUCUAUUUAUAAAACUAACUCACUACUAAGGUGAUGUUCCUGUAGCUUUCCUUUCUAAGGAAAGCAACUUGAUUAGUAUGCCCUUAUCUGUUUGAAUAAAAAAAAAAAAGACCUUUCUUGUCAAGUUCCUAAAAUGGAGCUUGGCAUAGCUCUUGUCGUGGGUUUCUUUCAUCUGGAUGUGGGGUGAGCUAACCUUGGCUGCUUGCCAGGUGCCCAACAGGCUGCACUUUCACUUACCCUCAGCAACAUGAGGCAAGAAAAUACGGAAAAGCCUGUUGAAUCAAGAUAAAGUCAGGGACAUUGCUCAAAAAUCACUGUCAUGGGUGAAACAGACUUGACAGGGAGCAAGACUAAAUUAAUUUAUUGCCUAUUAAUAAGAGUAGGACAGUGAGAACUCAAAAAAAAAAAAAAAUACCUGCCUCGUCUUCCCAGGUCCAGCUUUACUUCUAACUCUUCUACCUCUUUCCUGCCCUUAGUGGGAGUGGGGGUUGCAGUCAGUUUGUACCGCUUGUCUCUGCUGCUCCUGCCUACUUAUGCUUCUCACCUGCUCCAGCAUGGGUCGUUCCCGUGGCCUCCAGUUCUUCAAGAACUGUUCCAGCACAGGUCUGUACUGCAUUUCCUGGCAGAAGACUCGCUCCAGUGCGUGUUCCUUUCUAGGGUGACAGCUCCUGGUGGGAGCCUUCCUCAGUGGGUGUUCCAUGGGCUGCAGCCUCCUUCAGGGUGCAUUCACCUGCUGUGGCGUGGUGUCUGCCACAAGCUGUAGGAAGGAUGGCUGCUCUGAUGUGGUCUUCCACGGGCUGCAGGAGGACAGCCUGCUCCACCAUGGUCGAUUCAACAUGCUGCAGGGCAACCUCUGCUCUGGUACCUGGAGCUCCUCCUCCCUUUCACUCCCUGACCUUGGUGGGCUGUUUAGUUCAUUUUCUCGCUUGUCUCUCACUUAGGUGCUGUUGUGCAGUUUUUUCCCUUUAAUAUGCCAUCAGAGGUGCAACCAGGGUUGCUCACUGGCUCAGUUUUGGCCAGCAGUGAGUCCAUUCUGGAACUGGCUAGAACUGUCCCUGAUCUCACAGAGGCCACCCCUGCAAGCCACCAAGAUCCUUGCCUUGUAAGCUGAGUACAGGAUGUGAGGAAAUAGUUAAGAUGGCUUCAGCUACUGUUACAGUUCUGUUUUGGCUUUCUUGUGGACAGGGUGGAGAAAAGAGGCUAACUGUUGCAGGAACAGUGAGACUUUUAAAUGUUGUGUUGAGAUAUUUGUGUAAUGUGUAUUGAUAAUAGUUUAUAUGAAGGCUGAAUUAAAAUAUUUCUACUUAGCAAAUGAGUGCUUGUUCAUUCUAUUCUGAUUGUUGGUUAUUCUCUGCAGGCUGCAGUGACUAAACUCUUCCUGUUAGAAGUGGUGGUAUUUUUUUUUCCUGUGCUCUUUGGAAACAGAAACAGCAUCUGGUACUUCCUUCUGUCUUGAUUUUUUCAAAUAGAAAUCCUGACCAGAUCUCAGGAUCUUAGAGAUGAAAUGAUGAAAUGGAGGGUAGCUAUGCAGCCAUGUAACCUUUACGCUGAGGAUUAAAAUGUAAAAGCUGCUUUUCUGUAUUUGGAAGUUUACAUUGAUUGUGCAAUUAAAUAGUAGGAUCUUCCAACCUCCUAUGAAGUCUUGGGGCUUGUGUUAUAAACUGGUAAUCCAAUGACUCCGGUUUCCUUAAUGAUUGGUUCUUCACCCUUUUCUGCUCUGGAUACAUGGACUUGCAUAUUAGAUACCUAUAGGGGGAAAUGUUCAUCGGUAUUUUUCAAGGACGUAGCACCAAACAGUGGGAGAAGAAUACUGCCGGGAUAACUCCCAACAAGUCAUGCAGCAUUGUCAAUUUGUCGGACUUUGUGAAACCAGUCUUUCCAAGUCAUGACUUUCCAAGUCAUGUUAAUGCCCAAGUACAGGCUUCUCAAUCUUCAGACCUUCCAGCAAUAAGAUGUGCUUAUCGGUACUUCAGUGUCUUAUACUCUAGUGUGAUGUGAAAAUGCUGAACCUCAGGUUCCAGGAUGAGUGUGCACAUGUAAGUGGUUCUCAUCACUUCAUGUGUGGCUCUUAUCUGUACCCGUUAUCUUUUGUAAAAGGAGCACCUCGUGUAUGAAGGUAGUGAAGUCUAUACCUACUGUGCAGGCGAUGCACGUUGUGCUGGUUGUAGUGCCUUACCCUGCGAAACGGUUGCUUGGUGUUUAGAGCAAGACCUGCAUUAAACAGGGAGGUGCUUGUCACUAGCAAAUAAAUUUCCAUUCAUAGUUAGAGAUGUCACAUGGUUGGCAUCUGUACACAUCUUUCCUAUUGUACAUCUGCACUGUAAUUUAAUGACAGCGUCCCAUCUAAGUCUCGAAAAGAAACCUCCGGGUCUCCUGGCUUAACCAGCUGCCGUCUUGGGAAAGCUUCCUGUUGAGUUUGGAAUUUAGGCUGCGUGGGGCUACCAGUAUGGUAACAAUCGCAGCCACAGCAUUGAAUCGAAGUUCUGGCUAGCUAAAAAGGGAAACAAAAAACAAA